AUGGACAAAGCUGUUUUCACCCCCUAUGACAGAGAUGACAUGAAACUCAAGGAAAUGACCUCUGCCAGGCCAGUGCAGGCAUUUCACGCGUGCUCUGCUGGCACUGAUUGCUCAGGGUGCACAAAAAUCCCCCGAGAGGAGGCUCAACAGCGCACACACCCCUCCCGAGGUGCCAGGCUGAGCCCGGUGUGCAGCCCAGGCUUCUGGGAAAGGCUGGGAGCACAAGGGUCUGGAUGGUCCUUCCGACACCUCUGCCAGCGAGGGGCUGCGUCAGAGAUUGCACAUCCAGCUUCCCUGCACAAGUUACUUGGAGGGUAUUUAAAGGCAGAUGCUCAGAAAUCUGAGGAGAACGAAAGCCCAAAGAGUUCAGAUUUCCUCUCCUUGAUCCGCCUGGUGCUGUUGACACUAAGUUGCCCACAGACUGUGGCCACCCCCACCCGUGUGGUGCCGCAGCCCCCAGGGGCUCUCAGCCUGCUGGAGGCUGUGGCCAGCCUGCUCUCCCUGCACACAAACGUGGAGGCAGCACCGUGUCCUCGCCCCCAGCCCGACACAGGGGCUCAGCCCAGCACGGGAAGGGUCCUGAGGGUGCUGCUGUUGAGUAUCCCCCACCCUAUCCUUGCCCAACAGGAAUAUCCUGCCUUCAGGAGACAGGCACACAGGUCCUCCAAGCUGCCAGGCUUUGUUCCUAAGAUGCACACCCCCACAGACUCAGUGAGCAAUCACACCCUCGGGCUGCAGGUCAGGAGGCAUUUGGGGGGUGAAGAGCCACACACGGAACAAGCAGUUGCUGUGGCUGGAGGUAUAAUAGGAGGGAUCCUUUUAUUUGUUCUCCUUGGAAUAACUACAUAUCUGCUCUGGAAAAAAAUUUGCCGCUCCUUUUCUUAUGAAAAGCUCAUCAAUCCUGUCAAAGCAACAAACAAAAAUGCCAUUUUUCAGGAUCAGGCAAUUUCUGAAACUCGACUAAAAAGUGCAAGAUCCAGAAGCGUUCCAUUUAUCAUUCCACCAACACUGCAUGGGCGAGACUGGAUUCACCUGACAAAUGAAGAACAGGUUCAGGAAGACAGGGACCCCUACAUGACCCCUCAAUCUGGGCCACGGUCCUCAUUUCAUUCUUUGGCUGGAGCUUACGUUGUAGGGACCAUUAACCCAGAUCUGUACAAGUUUCCUGAAGACAAAAGCGAAACGGAUUUUCCUGAUGGCAGCAUUGGCCGCCUCUGGUUCUCCAUAGAAUACGAGCAAGAGUCAGAAAGGCUCCUGGUCUCCUUGAUCAAAGUCAGAAAGCUGCAGCCUCCUGCUGAUUCCUGUAGUCCAUUUGUGAAAAUCUACCUGCUGCCUGAUGAAAGAAGCUAUCUGCAGUCCAAAACAAAACGUAAAACUCUUAACCCGCAGUUUGACGAAAACUUUGUUUUCCAGGUUUCCAGUAAAAUGUUGCUCCAGAGGACACUAAAAUUCUUGGUUUAUCAUGUUGAUAAACAGAAGAAGCAUCAUCUCCUAGGCCAAGUUAUCUUCCCACUAAAAAAUGAAGCAUUGACUGAGGACAACAAACUAGUCAUAUGGAGAGACCUGGAGAAAGAAAACCUGGAGCCUCCUUCAGAGCACGGUGAUAUCCAGUUCUCCCUGAGCUACAAUGACUACCUGGGCCGUCUCACUGUGGUGGUCCUGAGGGCAAGGGGAUUAAAGCUCCACGAGGAGAGCCCUGCUGUUGGUGUGUAUGUCAAAGUCUCACUAAUGAACCAUAAUAAAUUCAUCAAAAGUAAAAAGACAGCAGCUCUUCUGGGAACUCCUAAUCCUGUGUACAAUGAAACCUUCAGCUUCAAGGCAGAUCAGACAGAGCUGGAUACAGCAAGCCUGAGUCUAUCUGUGCUCCAGAGUAACAAAGGAGAAAAAACGUUUCUGCUGGGACGAGUGGUAGUUGGGCCUUUCAUGUACACACGUGGCAAAGAACUGGAGCACUGGAAUGAGAUGAUCAGCAAGCCCAAGGAGCUGGUGAAACGAUGGCAUGCUCUCUGCCACAGCACGUGAGCAGCACUGAGAAAAAAACAACCUUAACAUGGAAAAGCUCUUCUUAUCUUUCUCAUCUAAAGGGUACAAAAAUCUUUGCUAAGAUUUUGUACUCGAAGUAGAAAAGAAUAAAAUAAAUUAUUUCCUUGACCCAACACAGAUAAAGACUUGGUCCCUGGUAGCCUGGGAGUCUCUCUUUCCUGUCCUCAAAAUAAAUGUUAAAUUUAAUCAACAUGCAGCUGAGCAAAUGAAACAGCCAAACAUGACCUCUCAAUAUUAAUUAUUUUGACUAGUAAAUUCCACUUCAGGGUCAUGAGUUCUGGGCACAAAUGAUCAUACAUCAUGUAGAUAGAGCCCAAAAUGACCCAAGAAUUGCAAGUGAUGACGCCAGACCUAUCUGCCCACUGCUCCACAUCACCACAGCGGCUUCACCAAAGGGGGCGAGAAGCCCUGUGGACACACCAAAACAGACAAACCCCAAAAGAUACUGAUCAAUACAUGCAGAACUUAUUUAAAAUAGCAGCAUUAUAUUUAAAACC